GGUUCUGUAUUAGUCAUUGCAGUUCUCUUAUCAGUUAAUUGGAAAAUUUAUUUUAAAAUUUUUUUCUUUUAUUUUAUAAUUAAAACCAAAAAUAAUUCAUUAAAAAAAAUCCAUUAAUUACCACAAUGUCCAGUGAUUCAGUAAAAAGUGUAAGUACUUAUUUAAAAAAAUUUAAUUUGGAAACACCGGGAUAUGUAGGUUUUGCUAAUCUUCCAAAUCAAGUACAUAGAAAGUCGGUGAAAAAAGGUUUUGAAUUUACAUUGAUGGUGGUUGGUGAAAGUGGAUUAGGGAAAUCAACGUUAGUGAAUUCAUUGUUUUUAACGGAUUUAUAUCCUGAACGAGUUAUCCCAGAUUCAGUUGAAAAAAGUACACAGACAGUAAAGUUAGAUGCAUCAACAGUUGAAAUCGAAGAACGUGGUGUAAAAUUACGUUUAACUGUUGUGGAUACACCUGGUUUUGGGGAUGCAAUUGACAAUACAGAUUGUUUUCGUGCAAUAUUAAAAUAUAUCGAUGAACAAUUUGAACGAUUUUUACGUGAUGAGAGUGGUUUAAAUCGUCGUAACAUUGUUGAUAAUCGUAUACAUUGUUGUUUUUAUUUUAUUUCACCAUUUGGACAUGGUUUGAAGCCAUUAGAUGUUGAAUUUAUGAAACAAUUGCAUAAUAAAGUGAAUAUUGUGCCUGUUAUUGCUAAAGCUGAUGUUUUAACGAAAAAAGAAAUGCAACGAUUAAAACAACGAGUAAUGGACGAAAUAACCGAACAUGGUAUAAAAAUUUAUCCAUUACCAGAAUGUGAUUCGGAUGAAGAUGAAGAUUAUAAAGAACAAGUGAGACAAUUAAAACAAGCUGUGCCUUUUGCUGUAUGUGGUGCAAACACAUUAUUAGAAGUGCGUGGACGUAAAGUACGUGGUCGUCUAUAUCCAUGGGGUGUUGUUGAAGUUGAAAACCCUGAUCAUUGUGAUUUUAUUAAACUACGUACAAUGUUGAUAACACAUAUGCAAGAUCUUCAAGAAGUCACACAAGAAGUUCAUUAUGAAAAUUAUCGAAGUGAACGUUUAGCAAAAGGUGGUUCUGUUCCCAAACGUAAUGCAUCUGUGAUUGAAGAUAAAACCGUAACAGAAAAAGAUAGAAUAUUACAAGAAAAAGAAGCCGAAUUACGACGUAUGCAAGAAAUGAUUGCUGCAAUGCAAGCUCAAAUGCAACAACAACAAUAAAACAUAAAAUAUAGUAUUGUUAUAUAAUAAUAUCCAUACAGAGUUCUGCCAUCCAUCUCUCCCCUGUGACACCCUGUCUCUCUGUUUAUACAAAGUACACGUCAAGUGAAUUGUUCAAACUUGUAACUAUUUCAGCUAUAAAGUUAGCUUCAAAAAAAAUAAAUAUUGGCUGUAUCUCACAGCAAAUGUUUUUUUUGUAAUUAUUUUGGAAAUGACUGAAAUUGCAAUGAAUCUCAAAAGUAUUAUUGAUCCUUUGUGGGUCAUAUUUUUUAAAAUUUGAUAUUUUCACAUUAAUUGCAUUUAGUUUUUGGAUAUAAAAACUGUUUGGUGCUUCAAAUAUCCUAAUAGAUCCCACCGAAGGAAAAAUAUUCGUUAUCGUUUAAAAAUAGGGAAAACUUUAAUCAAUUUUUGUGAUAAAAUCAACUAAUAAAAG